AUGUCCAAAGAGCUUGGCUUUCUUCUUGAAGAAAGUGUUCAUGAUCGAGAAUUGGUGAUGUUCUGCAAACUCUAUUGGACGGAUCUCGGGUCUAAGAUACAUACACCUGAUUGGGAAUGGCGAGAGGCAUGUGAACAGCGGUAUCGUCGCACUGCAGCGACUACUGCAGUCGGCCUGUUCAUAUAUAGGAAAGCCCCAUCGUUCAUCGACCAGUGCUGA